AUGAUAGCUGUGGAAUUGUUACAAAAGUGGUUAUCUACAUUGGAUCUAAAAGAUGUUGUUGUAACAAAAAAGAGUCUUUUGUGCAGUGACCAUUUUGAAGCAAAAUGCUUCAGAAAAACAGGGAAAAAUGCAUCUGUCUUAACUCUUAAGUCUGAUGCCGUACCAAGUUUAAUUGCAAGAAGUGAAGGUUCGAACAGCACAUUACUGCCAAAAAAUUCAGAAGCACUGUCAGUACCCAAUUUUUCAAUUGAAGAUAAUGGUGCUUUUGCAGCGCAACCACAAGAAACGGCAACACCAGGAACUCCUAUCGCGGAACGAUGCCGCCGAAUAUAUGAAGAUCACCAUUAUGACACUACUCCGAGGUCAUUACGAAAAAAAUUGAAGAAAAGCCAAACUAUUAUCUCUACUCUAAGAAACGAUUCCCGUAUUCAAAAACAGAAAAUUAUACGUUUGGAGAAACGUAUUACAUCUUUAACUCACUUGGUACGUGAAAUUCGAAAAAGAAAAUUAGUUCCACAAUCAGGACUGCAAUGUUUGGAAACAAUUGCCGAAAAUGAUGUGUGUGCUGCUAAUUCAAAUCUAACUGCAACUGACAAAGAAAUUGAUAACAACAUUGCCACAUGGCUAACAAAUUGCAAAUUAAGAGAUCAACGAAAAGAAAAGAAUUCAACAGCACGUGAAGAACAUCCAGUUGAUUAA